AUGGAUAGAAUCAGUGGAUUACCCGAGGAAUUGCUGGUUAAGAUUUUAUGGUUUGUUCCGACAAAAGUAGCUGUAUCCACUAGCGUUUUGUCUAAACGAUGGGAGUCUAUUUGGAAGUGGGUGCCUAAACUUGAGUUGGUGGAUAUUUGGCCAGAACUUGCAGUACGGGAUUUCAUGAACAAGAACCUGCCGUUACUUAGAGCUCCGGCCAUAGAAAGCUUUCGCUUCCAUACUUUUUCUUCACUAUGUACACCUGAGGAUAUUCACAAGUGGCUUGGAGAUGUGGUUUCUAGCAGCAUUCGUGAGCUAGAUCUCAAGUAUUAUGCGGGCGAACCUGCUGUGUUGUUUCCAAGCAGCUUGUAUACAUCCCAAACGCUCGAGACUUUGAAGCUUGACGGCUGUAGGAUUCUCGUGGAUGUUCCACGGACGGUUUCUCUCCCUUCGUUAAAGACUCUGCUGCUUGGAGGUGUGACUUACGCAAAUGAAGAUACUCUUCGGUUGCUUAUAUCCUAUUGCCCUGUUCUUGAAGAUCUGACUAUUGAGCUAAGUGCUAGUGGUGAUGACAAUUUGAAAGCGAUAGUUGUCAUUAGCCCGUCUUUGCAGAGGUUGACCGAUGGUGGAUCUUAUUCCACUUCCGAGUACGUGAUAGUUACCCCAUCUUUGAAGUAUUUCAAAGUUGAGAAUUAUGCAGUCGGGUUCUCCUAUUUGGUUGCGCAUAUGCCUAAGGUGGAAGAUGCAGACAUCGUUGUUAAUGAACAUUUGGAGGAGCCUUUUGAAUUAAUCACAUCUGUCAAACGCCUUUCGUUGUGCGUAUUAUACAACUGUGGAGAAGAGGUAAACCUUAUAUGUAUCACAAUGGUAUUAUCUUCAAUAAUCUUCAAUAAUCUUCAACAUCUGAAGCUGUGUAUACGCUUCGAUUAUUGGUCAAAGUUACUUUUCCGGUUGCUUCAAGAUUCUCCUAAUCUGCGAGUACUCAGUCUCCACGUAGAUGUUGAAAGGCGUUUUAAAGAGUAUGAAACGAUUAGCUGGAACGAGAACGAGAGCUCUGUUCCCAGCUGUCUGCUGGAGAGUCUUGAAACUUUCGAGUUUGCAGAGUACAGGGGAAGCCAAGAAGAGAGAGAUUUCGUGAGCUUUAUCGUCAAAAAUGCUCGUCGCUUGAAGUCUUCAUCAAUCACGCCUUGUACCAGAGAAGUAACUUGUUCCUCAUCAGAAGGUUCCAAUGAUUGA